AUGUUCAACCCAUUAAAUAAAUCUACACCAAGUAUAUUCAAGAUUUUCACUCGUGGGAAGAGAGUCACUAGUACCCUUAACGUGGCUACUCAAAAAAUAGUCAAUCAAUUGUCUGUUUUAUCAGCCAGUAGGAAACAACCAAAACUUUUAAGAUUAUGUAAAGAAGAUAUUAUUAAACAUAAAACUAUUAUGAAUGCUUGGAAAUUGUUAAAACGUAGAAGAGUUACUAAACAAAUGGAUCAAUUAUCUAAACAAUAUAAUAGUAUUCAAAAUGCUAUGGAAGAUUUGAAAACUACUAGUCCUCAAUUAUACCAAGCUGCUAAUGCUAAAGAUAAUAAACGUUUUACAACUUUUCCUAUUGAAAUGAGAGUUCCUACUGAUUUCCCACCAAAUAAGCCAUGGAUUUAUAAUUAUGCUCCAAAAAGACAAACUCGUAAAUAG